AUGUGCGACUUUCUGAUCGGGACAGGCAGUAUUUCAAGGCGAGGUCUCGAUGCGCUGCUCAACCGGCUACGUCCCAGCGCCUGGCAGCGAUUUGUUCAACAACCAUGCAUUUUCCUCGCGCACAAGCUCUACACGUGGAGACAAAUUAUUCCCAUACAGCCGAUACACCCCGUCUCAGUUGUUUGUAUUUCCGACACCCACAACAGCCAACCCGCGCUGCCGGACGGUGACAUUCUCAUCCACGCCGGCGACCUUACGCAGUCGGGAUCCUUACAGGAACUGCAGACUGCAGUUACAUGGCUGCGCGCCCAGUCACACCCUGUCAAGAUCGUCGUUGCAGGAAACCACGACUUACUCCUCGACGAAUCCUAUACAGGCCAUCGCGGUGAUAACUUCAAUGCAGGAAAGGCGGCUGGCAAGAUGAUCAACUGGGGCGAUAUCAUCUAUCUCGAGAACAGUGAGACGACUGUUACCUGCGCCAACGGUCGCCAACUACGCGUUUACGGCAGUCCUCGCUCCCCUCGCCAUGGGAACUGGGCCUUCCAGUAUCCCCGCAGCAAAGACGUCUGGACGGGAGCGACACCAAAAGGUGUCGAUAUACUGAUUACCCAUGGGCCUCCGCGUGCACAUCUCGAUCUGCAAAGACUAGGUUGUGACUACCUGUUGCGGGAACUAUGGCGAGUUCGCCCCAAGCUGCAUGUGUUUGGACAUGUUCAUGAGGGUGCGGGUACGGAGUGGCUGCAGUUUGAUGGGUUGCAGAGAGCAUAUGAAGAGACUGUAAUUACCGGCGGUGGGUUCUGGAAUCUUUUAUGGACGCUGAAGGCGUUUUUACUCACACUUUUCGGCACUGCUGCCGAGGCGAAAUACCUGCUUGUUAAUGCAGCCAUGGUAGGCGGCCUACGGGAUGACGAGCGAAGGCGACCGGUCAAGGUGAUGAUAUAG